AUGUCGCACGAUUACGAUAAAUGGUGGGAAGAAGAGGUCAAUGAACGGUAUGCAGUCUUCAGAAAAUAUUUGCUAGGAACAUUUUGAUUAAUAGGCAUUUUCUGGGUAACUUUUGUGAUUCUGAGCCCAGAAAAUUUUAGAAUUUUCUGAGACAUGAUACCUCAUGUUUUGGUCAAUUGAGGAAUGGUAUGACUUUCAAGAAUAAUUGGUCGUAAAGGAACUUACUCCCCCUUGUGAGCAAACAAAAAUGUUUUUAAUAUAAAAAAAAAUUGAUAUGUAGAUGUUAAUAAUUAUAAUGAAAUCUCUAGCUAAUUCUGUUUAAUUUUAAAUAGCUUGCAUUUUAAAACAUAAAUUUCUCAAAUUAAAUUAAUUUUUUGCUUCUCAAUUUCUGUUAUUCGAUUUUUUUUAAAUUUAAAAAAAAAAAUUAUAUAAAAUUUAUAUACAAAAUUUUUAAAAAAAAUUAACCCCCCUCUCAAUAAAUAUUUUUGUCCGCUCACUGAGGGCGGGAGUUAUGAAAAAUCUGCUUAUACAGUUUUUCACACAGAGUACUCGUGUGUGAUUCUUUGGUAUCUAUCGCUAACCCAAUUAAAGAAUUAUUUAGUCUUAUGUGAGAUUCUGUCAAGUAUUUAUAUCAAUGCAUUCGAGCUUGCAUUUAUCCAAAGAGCAUGGCUUAGAAACUUAAUUAUAGCGAAACAUAUGGUUAUGUGGCAUUACAUCAAAUACUUGACAGGGGAAUUAAUGUUAGAUGCUGAUAUUACACCUCAUACUAUAGCAGCAAUCUGUUUCCUGCUCUAUAACUUUAUUUCUUAUUAUCAGAUAUCAAUAUCAUAUGAGAGGUAUCUGAACCGAGUACAGAAGAAUUCUGCAGAGAGCCAUUUAGAAGUAAUAAUAAGCGCUUUUCCUGAUGGAAUUUUAAUCCUAUCAGACACUUUUACAGUAGAAUAUGUGAACUCUAAUUUGACUUCAUUAUUGAACUGUUCCUCUGAAGAAAUUAAAGAUACACUUGCAAAUAUAAAAUAUUGCGAAGGCAAAAAAUAUUCCAAUAUAUCAGAGUCAAGCAAUUUAUUCAAGGACAUAGAAAUAAUGCUGAAGCAAGAUUUAAGAGAGCCAAUAAUGCUUGGCGUCUCAUUAUGUAAUGGUAACAAUAUUGAGUGGAAAGGAUGAAAAAUAAGGUGAGGAGAGAAAAAUGCUCUUUCCUUAACUGCAAGAAAUAUGAACCAUAUAAUACAGCUUGAACAGUCCAUUUCUGAUAGCAAGCUCAAAACUGUUUUACUAAGAUCAGUUUCUCAUGAAUUGAGAACACCUUUGAAUGUUAUUUCAUUUAUUGCUGAAGAGCUCUCUGAGAAUCUUUACUCUUAUCCGAUAGAGAUGUCUAAAGAAAAAUUAAGAAUGAUAUCAAUUUCGACUAAACUUUUAUUGACUCUUGUAAAUGAUUUACUGGAUUAUUCAAGAAUGCUAGCAGGGGUUUUUUCAGUACAUAAGUCAAGAUUCUUAUUGCAAGAUUUGAUUAAGAAUGCUAUGGAUUUAAUUAGCAUUCAGGCUAACAGAAAAAAUUUGUUUUUAUCAUUCCAGAUUGAUCCAUUGCUGCCAAAGUAUAUAUACUCAGAUCCCUUCAGAUUAAGCCAAGUCCUAUUGAAUUUCCUAUCUAACGCUCUAAAAUUUACUUUAAAAGGCUCAAUUCAAGUAGUCUGUGUGUCAACCAUCACAAAUAAGUUAAAAGUCAUUAUAAAAGAUACAGGCCUAGGUAUUGCUAGUACAAAGCUCAGUACUUUAUUUGAAGAAUUCAAUACUGUUUCAACCCCAAAUCUUAAUCCUCAAGGCUGUGGACUUGGCCUACAUAUUUCUAAAAUGAUUUUAAAAGAGCUUGGAAAUGAUAUAAUUUCAGUAGAAUCCAAAAUUAAUGUUGGCUCAACCUUUUCUUUUACUAUUGACAUUGCAGAAAAUACUGAAAACUCUUGAUCUGAUUCUUCUAAUCCCAUUAUGAAUAUUUCUGAAGACUUUGAAAACUUAGGGAAAAUUUUUUCAAAUUAUGAUGUGAAAAAAGAUUCCUCCCGACAAGUGCUUAUAGUAGAUGACAAUGAUUUUAACAGAAUUGUGCUGGCAACUGUUUUAAGCAAAAAUGGGAUCACUUUUACAGAGGCUUGCACAGGAAGAGAAGCAAUAGGCUUUAUUGCUGCUCAAGAUGCCAAAGGGACUCCAUAUAGUCUUGUUAUUAUGGAUGGGGACAUGCCUGAAAUGACUGGCUGAGAAGCAACUCAGACAAUUGUAAAAAUGAAAAGUGAUGGGAAACUUUCACAUGUUCCAGUGGUUAUUGGCUAUACUGCGUACAGCGCAGAAGAGGACCUAAAGAAGUGUAUAGAUAGUGGGAUGGUGGAGUGUUUGACAAAGCCAUGUGAUCCAGAGCUUUUAUUAUCAACGAUUAAUAAAUAUAUUAGUUAA